AUGAUCGCGACCAACAUGAUCAAGGAUGUGCGAGUCCCUCUCAAGUCGGGUGGAGCAACUACAUGUCGAGGAUGUCAACAAGGGAAAAUGGUCCAAAAACCAUUUCCAAGCAACCGAGACAAGCGCAGCUACGAUACGUUUGUGCUGCUUCAUCUGGACAUCUGCGGGCCCAUGGAAAAGGAUUCGCUCGGUGGCAGCAAAUAUUUGCUGCUGAUCAUCGACGAAGCCAGUGGAUGCAUGAAGGGAUUUUGUCUACGAGUGAAGUCCGAGAGUGAAGACUACAUCCGGAAAUAUAUCACCAUGGUACAGACGCAAUUCUGUAAGAAGGUCAAGUUCGUGCGACACGACGGAGCUCGCGAGUUUGCAACCAACUCGCUUCAGCUGUUCUACGAAGACGAAGGCAUUGAACAGCAGACAACGGUGCCGUAUGCACAUCAAACAAACGGAACAGCAGAGCGUGCCAUUAGGACUAUUGUCACGAUCGGCCGCAGCAUGCUUCAUCAUGCCAAACUGGACAAGUGUUUCUGGGACGAAGCAGCGAUGACGGCCAUCUACGUCAAGAAUCGACUGCCGUCACCUAAAGUCGUGCACAAGACCCCGUUUGAGAUCGUCUACAACUUGAAACCAAGCGUCAAGCACAUGCGAACAUUCGGAUGUCAGACGUACAUACUGACGCCUAGAGAGAAUCGACUCAAGUGGGAUCCAAAGGCUCGCGCUGGCAUAUUCGUGGGCUACGAAGAAGUUUCGAAGGCAUAUCGUGUUUAUGACAUCGAGGCGGGGCAGGUGGUUAUCAGCCGCGAUAUCAACUUCGACGAGUCCACCUUUGGACUUCAACUGCCGAUCACUGAUGAAGAUGUCGAUGACCUGGACUUCGAAUUGCUGGAUCUUGAUGACGAAGAGCUGCGUCAAAUGGAGUACAAGCAAACAGGCAAGCGCAAGAACCGACUCAAUGAUGAAGAUACAGCAGCUCCACGACCGCGUGCAGUGCGUCAACGACCAGGACUAGAAGAGUCAAGCGCGCCGGAAAACAACUCGUCACGCCAAGAAGAAGACGAAGAAACGAAGGAUUCUGGUGAUUCAACACCGCCUGUGUUUUGGCGUGCGAGUGCAAAUGCCGUUGAAGCAGCAGUGGACUUAUCAGAGCCCUCAACAUUUGAAGCAGCAGUAAGCGGCCCUGACCAAGUGCACUGGAGAAAAGCAAUUCAUGCAGAGCUCGAGUCAAUGCGACUUCGCGGUGUGUUUCGUGCAGCCAAGCUGCCCAACGGACAACGCGCCAUUGGCACAAAGUGGGUCUUCAAGAUCAAGCGCAAGGCGGAUGGGUCGAUCGAGAAAUACAAGGCACGACUUGUGGCCAAGGGUUUUCGCCAAAAGUAUGGCAUCGACUACACGGAGACGUUCUCGCCCGUGGUCAAGUAUGUGACGCUGCGAAUGGUCAUCGCCAUUACCAAGCACUUUGGAUGGCCCCUCGACCAGCUCGAUGUGGUGACUGCGUUCCUGUAUGGAGUGAUGAAGGAGAAGGUGUUCUGCGCUGUUCCGGAAGGCGUCAAGAUGGAAGGUGAUUUUGACUGUCUCGAGCUGAUCAAGGCGAUCUACGGUCUCAAGCAAGCCUCGCGUGUUUGGAACGAGACCUUCGACGAGUUCAUACGCUCGAUUGGUUUUCAAGCGUCGGGAUUCGAUCCAUGUCUCUACAUCAUGACUUCGGAAGGCCAUUGUGUUUUUGUGCUGGUCUACGUGGACGAUGUCUUGGUGACUGGAAGCUCGCUCGAGAUGAUUGCGCGCACCAAGAACGACCUCAAGACACGCUUCGAGAUGACGGACAGCGGCAAGUGUGCCUUUGUUCUUGGGAUCGAGUUAUUGGACGGUGAAGAUGGCAGCGUGACUAUGUGUCAGCGCCGUUAUGUCGACGAUGUCCUCAAGCGCUUUGGAAUGGAUGAGUGCAAGGCUGUGGCAAGUCCGGUGGACGUCAGCUCUCGACUGGUCCCGAGCAACUCUGCAAGCAAGGUGGAUGUCCCAUUCCGUGAAGCAGUGGGUGCUUUGAUGCAUCUGACGACUGCAACGCGACCGGACAUCGCCUAUGCUGUAAGCUUUGUGUCACGGUUCAUGGAGAAACCCCAAGAAGAACACUGGGUUGCAGUCAAGCGCAUCUUCCGCUACCUACAAGGCACCAAGAUGCAUGGAAUCUGCUACAAGCCAAGUGCGAAGAUCGAAUUUCGUGGCUAUUCAGAUGCAGACUGGGCCGGUGACCUUGCUGAUCGCAAAUCGACGUCCGGCUACGUCUUCAUGCUAUUGGGUGCUCCGGUGAGUUGGGGCAGCAAGAAACAGCCAAGUGUGUCACUGUCUACAAGCGAAGCGGAGUACAUCGCGCUCAGCCUGGCGAUCCAAGAAGGCAAGUGGAUCAAUCGCUUGCUGUGCGAGAUCAUGGCGGCUGCAAACGAAGAAGGACCCGAGCUCGUCAUCCGUGAAGACAACCAGUCGUGCAUCAAGAUGACGAAGAAUCCGGUCAACCACGGCCGCGCUAAACACAUCGACAUCAAGUACCAUCACAUCCGUGAUGAAGUCAAGCGCGGCGAAGUGAAGCUUGAAUACUGCGAGACGACGUUGAUGUUGGCGGACAUCAUGACGAAGGGACUUCACGGACCGCGUCACAAGGACUUGACGGCGGCGCUUGACAUCCGUGCGUGUUCGGAUUGA